UUCGAUGAAAUAAAGGCACAAGAGGAUAUUCCACACAAAAUCGCAAAGCCUAACGAAAUAGCAUCCGAUGAGAAAAAUCAGUGCAUAUACCCCGCGGAAAUGGAAAACUUUGCAAAUGCGGUACUUCGUAGUUGCACAUCUUACAAACAAAAUGAAUCAGUACGAAAUGCUCUCAACCGAACUGUAGCCACGAAUGCAACAAAUCAAUCAUUAAAUCCAAAAUUGACUGCGAAAACUUCAACACAGUUAUUUCAAGAUAAUAAUAAUGAGAUCGAGGCAACUAGUAUUAGGAGCAUUUCAUCAGUUUCAGAAGAUACCGAUAAAAUAAAUGAAGACCAAGUUGAAGAAAUACAAGAAUGUCGUCAAAACACUGGACGGGAGGAAGCAACUGCUGUAAGUGACUACGAAGAGUUUAGCGAUUGUCCGACGUUUCCCAGCUUGAUGGAUAUCUCCGAUAUAAUGUUUACAUCUGACUGUGAGUCAACUAAAAAUAUAACUAUUCAAACAAAGCGGCCGAAUAAGCGUAACCCAAAGUCAGUCACUAAGAAAAAUUUCUGUGACUUACCUAAUCAAGCUAAGGAAUCUGAUAUGUUGAUACCUCAAAGUAGUGUUAUAUAUUGUUCAAGAUCAGAAAACGAUAGUGAUAGCGAGUACUCAACUAUUUCACACAACGAUGUAGUUAACCCAAAUUCGCAGACUUUGAAAUUACCCCAACACGAGUUUGUAACGCCACAAGUGCCGAUGAAAAAUUUUCAAAAAACUACCAGCGUAACUAAAUGUCAUGUCAGCACCACAGCAACAUCCAUAAUCACCCAGCGAGAUCGCGUUGUUCAUCAUGAAGAAUUUGUAGUCAAUUUAGCAGGCAUAUCGAACACACCACUAAACCUUUCGCAAAGCUGCUCGCGAGCCACUAAAACUACUACAACCAUUGUAAAAGAAAAGAAAGAAAUCAGUCUGAAUAAUUCCUGCCGGACAUCCGCGAAUAUAACAGCGCUAACACCGAAGUCCCUGAAUCAAGAGUCAUCAAAUUUACUUACAACCUAUAAAGAUAAUUUAAAUUUCGAGUUAGAACAAAUGGAGACUAACAUCAGCAAAAAUUCGGCUAGUGUGUACAUUAAAAAAAUUUGCGAUGUCGGUGAAAGUAUGGUAAACGAAAUUGAGCGCGAGCGCAAAUCAUUGUUAGAGCUGGAAGGGAAUGCUGAACGACUCGCUCGUCAAUUGGGUUGGCAAUAUGAGGCUUAUCAGCGAAGAACACAACAAUUUGAAUGUUUUAAACGAAACGUCGAAACCCUUCUACGCGUGUUAAGUGAUGUCAAUCUACUGGAAGAAGUUCAAAUCGAUACAGAAAAUAAGAUCCAGCAGCUUCAACAAACGUCCAAUUCCAUAACUAAGCACAAUUGGCGUAAUUUUAUCAACGAAACAACAGAAAACUUAUUAAAAGAUCUUUCCUCACUGUCAGACUUGUAAUACAAGUAUCUAAUUUUUAAUUUUU